CUGAUGGUGAAGCUAAACAUGAAACAUUAUGUCUCAAAUUUAAAUCAAGUGAUACAGCAAAAAGAUUUGUUAAACAAUUUAAUGAAGCUAAACAAGCAACUAUUAAAGCUCAGUAA